UCAUACCCGCAUAGACACAGUCUAACUUCCUUCCUGCUUUUUAGUACUUUAAACAAACAAAUGCAAAGCCAAGAGAAACGGUCUGCUACGAGACUAUACUGUACAAGACCUAACCUGGAUUACGAGGCUGACGAAUGAUACAAAAACAAAAACACAAAAAAAGCAGCUCCCAAAACCAUUCUCCACAAACCUGUUACUACAGAUGUUGGAUUGGUGACCUGUCUAGAAGUUGUAGCUGCUAUGCAACAAGGUCGCUACUACAGUUUCUACGUGUAAGGAUUUAAAUGGAACGUAUAUGUGAUGUAAAAAGCGCAGGAACACUGUUUGAGCUAAUUUGUUUAUGGAGUUUUCUGUGUUGAAUUAACCUCCAAGCAACAGCCCUGUCAAUCUGACCUUCCUGUAACCUUUGUGGUCUUCCAAAGCAAUGCUGGGUUUCCUGAACACAAGCAGCAACCAGGACCAAGGCUAAAUGGGAUCCAUCAAGACACCAACAGCCCAGUACUAUGGCUGCUUAUGCCUUGAAUAGUUUGAUAAUGAUGAAUACCAACAAUGUGAAAAGUGGCAGCACUCCUCGAACCGGAAGGCCAGUGUUGCCCGUGCCAGACAGAAACGCUGCGUACUGCCAAGUCUUAGUGAGUGGGGGCAUGUACAGCCCUGGCAGUCUUAGCCCUUCCUCGCCCAGGACCACCUUUGUGUUUCCCGACCAAAACGACCAGAGGGGGCGAUCGCCGACGAGGCAGAAGGAUACCCUAGGGGUGGAACAGGUGGGGCGCGUAAGGAGGCUGAGCAGCCCCAGUCGGGGCAGGUUUAGCGAUGACAGUCAGCCACCCAGUCCUGGACCUUUUGGCGAGCUCAGCUGGAAGCUGGGCUUUCCAGAGGAGAAACAAAUUAAAAGGACAGUGCAGAUCCCUCAGAUACACAGGGAGUUACAAAACGUGGAGGUGAACAAAAAAGUUGGCCUGUUUGAAGCCCACAUCUCGGACAUACGGACCCAAGUGCAGAACUCGGAAAUUAUCCGCAGUCCACGACCUAGCCGUAAACCUGAAUUCCCCUUUGAGCCCAGCAAGAACGCUCAGGACACUGAAACCAUCUGGCCAGCUUCUCCCAGACUUCCUGACCACUUGUCAAACAUCCCUAAGGAACUUCAGAAUGGGAAAGGAUGUAGUGGCUCAGAGGUAGCAGAUUGCAGCAUGGUGAAUUGUAAAAAGGAAAACAGCACAGCUGAUCCAAAAAGGGAACAGGUCACUACUUUGCAGGAUGUUAAUGCACCAGCAGCCAGCAGUCAUUCCCUGAGUUCACCCAAGGCCUCCAUAGUUGGCAAGAACUUGGCAGCCGUUGAGGUAGCAACAGAGACAAAGCCCAGCUUGAUUGAAGGAGGAGUCAGGCAACAGCAGGACCUAAGGCAAGCUCCAUCCUCGGCCUCAGGUGGAGGGAACUGCUCUGAUCUGGGAAACAUACCCUUUGUCAUAAUCACGGACCACGGGAUGGAGGCAUCUGGGGAUGGGGCAGAUUUACCCUGCAGCCCCAGUGCUAAUAUAUCUUUAAGGAAGCUCUCCUCAUCUUCUGCCUCUUCUGCUGGCUUUUCUUCAUCCUGGGAGGAAUCUGAGGAUGAUAUCUCAAGUGACCCGGAGCGAGUGGAGGGGCAGUCGUCAACGUUCCUACAAACCGGACAUCAGGGCAACAGAGCGAGUAAAUCAUGGAGGAAAAUCAAAAAUAUGGUGCACUGGUCACCAUUCGUCAUGUCCUUCAAGAAGAAGUACCCUUGGAUCCAGCUGGCUGGGCAUGCAGGUAGCUUCAAAGCUGGCGCCAAUGGCAGGAUAUUGAAGAAACACUGUGACUGUGAGCAGCGUUGCCUUGACCGGUUGAUGAAUGAUAUAUUGAAGCCCUAUGUCCCUGCUUACCACGGUGAUGUGGAGAAGGAUGGUGAAAAGUAUAAUCAGAUGGAUGACCUGCUGGCUGAGUUCGAUUUGCCUUGUGUCAUGGACUGUAAAAUGGGAUCAAGGACAUACUUGGAAGAGGAGCUAACGAAAGCCCGUAAGAAGCCCAGCUUACGGAAAGACAUGUACCAGAAAAUGAUUGAGGUGGACCCAACCGCGCCAACGCCAGAGGAGCAGGAACAACAGGCAGUGACCAAGCCUCGCUAUAUGCAGUGGAGGGAGACCAUUAGCUCAACAGCAACUCUGGGCUUCCGAAUAGAGGGAAUUAAGAAGGAAGAUGGCACUGUAAACAGAGACUUCAAGAAGACCAGAAGCAGGGAGCAGGUGACUGAGGCCUUCCAAGACUUUGUCAAGGGAAACAAGAAUAUCCUGGCUGGUUAUUUGAAACAACUAAAGGACCUAAGAGCAACCUUGGAGAUUUCACCAUUCUUUGAAACCCAUGAGGUAAUAGGCAGCUCUGUGCUCUUUGUCCAUGAUAAACGAGAGCAAGCCAAAGUGUGGAUGAUUGACUUUGGCAAAACCACUCCACUGCCAGACGGGCAAGUCUUGAGCCACCGAGUGACCUGGGAGGAGGGCAACAGGGAAGACGGCUACCUCUGGGGGCUUGAUAACCUCAUAGACAUUAUCACAGAAAUGGCGGAGAGGGACUCGCUUUAAUACAAGUAAAUUUGUAUGAAAAACUAAAACACCCUUGGAACCCGCACUACAGGACCCUCUUUGUUUCCAAAAAAGCUACUGUCCCUCCAAAGAAAGAGCUGUGUAGAUGUUGUACAUAUUAGAUAUUGUAAAGAUGAUGUGUCAAUUUGUAGAUUGUUGCAGCCUUAUCUUAAGUGUGCAGUUGCAGAGAAAAACUCAAAUGCAUUUGUUAUGGGACAUAAACCCACCCAUUCAUCCCUGUGUAUGUAAACUCCAUUACAAUGGACACCCACCUAUAUAACAAAAUAACCAUGUACCCUUUCUGUUAUAAAUAACAGACACAAAAACUCUUAUACAGUAUAUCACCUUUUUAUUUGAAAUGCUGCAACUUCCAUCAGCAAUUUCUGUAUUCAUGAAAUCAUAUUCAGUUUCACCUUUCCCUUUUAAAUUAGAGAAAUGAGGUCUUCCUGGACAACAUGUUGGUUAAUAAUUAUUGGCCACCAUUUAUGUUACAAGAUUUUGUACCAUUUAGGUCCAAACAUACUUACUGCUGUUUUAUGUUUCACUUUUGCAAACAACUGAGUUUAACUUAAAUGUAAUUGAGUUACAUAAUAUUUUUGCAACAGAUGUAAGCUUGGUUUUACCUUUCUGAAAACUACAAAUGUAACCAAUAUACAAAUUUCCAUUUCAAUAAUACAGAAUUAAUACAGUCUGAAUUUGACUAUCGCUUCCUAAAAUCCUGCUGUUUCCCAUGUACAGCCGAAGACUGUAUGAUAUAGCUAAUAGUAAACAUUGGAAAAAUCUGACUAAAAGUAUGAAUUCAGAAAAGAACAGAAAACUAAAUUGCAUCUUCAAAGCUAUGUUUAAAUGCAACUAUAAGACUUGUAUUUGUCUCUCAAAGAUAUGUGUAGAAUUUAGUACACUUGCGUGAAACUAAAGCUAAUAGAGAAACAUUUAGUGUGAUUGUUUGCAGUGUAUCCAGACUUGUCAUGUACUGUACUACUGAUUCACGGGGUGUUUGUUGAGACUGUAAGGAUAGAAUAAAGGAAGCAGAAACAAGCUGGUUAGUGGGACAAGAGGAUAGAAGGCGAGCUGAUUGCCCAGACUUAAAGGCAGGUUUGGAGGGGUUCGGACUUGAAGUUAGGAUAGGAAGAGAUCCCCGACCGCAGGACCGGGCUUGGUCGAAGGCUGAAGCCUGGAGAAUCUGAAAACACAUAAAAGGGCCCUGUUUCGUCAGAGGUGCCUCUCGGGGUGAAGGAAAGUCUGAUGAAUCAGGACUUGAAAGGAAAGAUAGAAAUGGGUUCACUGACUGAUCUGGUGCUGCCCUCGGACAAGGUGAGGUACAGGCCUCCAAAUCUAGGGCAGAGAGGCAUCCUGCAGGGAACCUGCAACAAAGAGAGAUGGAUUAGUUUGGGACUCGGCACUGAGAGCGUAAAGCAGGCCACGUCCUGAGGGAAAUAGAACAGAGCCUCGGGUGACGAGGAAAAUUAUCGCAUGAGCUAUGACGGGAUAGUGUGACCGGGGGUCCCGUCUGACUCACAGCAGUGGGAACCCCCUAGAGCGAGGACGAGGUCACUGAAGCAGACCUGAGGUUGGGGAAGUGAGACUCACUUGUCCCCCAUAGGAGACCGAUGCAAAGGCAUGUAGAGGAAGGAGGAGGAGGAGGAGGACAAAGCGAAAACACUAGAUAGGGGAAGUGCUUAAGAUUUUGCUUUAAAUAGAGAGUUAAUAAUGAUAGACAUUAAUUAAGCAGCCCCAACGCCCGCCCCCUGAAUCUCACUCAAAUGCUAGCAUCAAUGUUCUAAUAAAAACAAAGCCAUGGAUGUAAUUGUUUUCUGGUUUGUGUACCAUAAUUCCAACUGUUUUCCAUUCAAGUUCUGUGAAGAAGCACACAUAAAUGUGUCCAUAGCAAAAUAUUUUACCCUUGCAUAGAAAGGCUUGUUUGUGUUUGUCUUCUGUGUCUACUUUGCUGUUAAAUUUCUCUUUAUUAUAGUCUAUUAAUAUUCAUAAACCAUACCAACAUGUUUUCUAUGAGUACAGCCAAUUGGUGCUUUAUGAAUACCAUAUAUAGUGACAAGUUAUUGCACCAUUGGAUUCAAGGUAGCUUUGAUGCUGCUUUACUGCUCUCUGCUGGAGGUUAGUAGUAAUAGUGCACAGGAAUCACAAGUGCAUGUACAGUGUAUGGUUACGGACUCCAAUCCCUUCUGGCAUUUUGAGCUAAAUCUAAUCUCUGUUUUACUGUCGGGAAAUUUUGGCCCAGUUAAAGAGCUGCAUGCGGCCUAUUCUGUGUACAGAUUAAUCAGCAUUGCAUAUUGUAAUAAAGUAGACGACCUGUUUAAAAUUGGAAAAGUAUGAAUCCAUGUUAUGUUAGGUUUAGAAAUGUGUGAGUUUGGUAUGUAGGUUUGUGCAGAAAAAAAAAUGAAAUAAACACAUAAUAUUGUGUUAAAUACAUUCCUAUUUAAUUUGUGUUUUAUCUUUUGUGUUUUUCUAGCAAAUAUUUAUGUUUUUGCUAUGAAAUUGUUUUACUAUUGGUGGUAACAGUGUACCAGAGCAUGAAGUUGUCCAUACACCCAGCAGUAGUACAUUUUAAUUUUCUUUCUUUUUAGGGCUUUGUCACUGAUAAAUACCAAUACAGGCUGUAUGCAAACUACAGCCUGUUUAAAUUGCCCCGAAAUAAUUCUCAAGAAAAUAUUCUCCAUUUCCUACCCUAUUCCCUAAAAUCUGUUCUCAGUUGGUCCAAUCUUGGUAAAUAUAUUAUUUUUAAUUGAUUUGAUAAUUAAGGCUGAAAGGUCUCUAUGAACCCUGAUCUUUGAUACUCACAGACUACACGUUUUAGCUGCACAUGUGCCGAAAUGGAACUUCUUGCUCAAAUUGCAUUGUAAGUGUGGAAAAUGUUUUUAGUGAGAUGAUGAUUUUUUAUUUUUUUUAAAUAUAACCAUAUUUAUUGUGUUAUUCUCACGAGAACACUAAAUGUAGAAUGUUGUUGUUUUUUUUUUUUAAGAUUUCUCAUCUAUACAAUGCUAUACAUUUUGUUGCAUAUCUGUAUAUUUUAGGGUUUAUUGUAACUGUGUUUUUCCUUUUAUACUGUAUAUGCUUUGUAUGGAGAAUCUAGCAUCAGUUGUGUUUUGUACAAAUCAUUGGGUUUUUAAAAACGUCCACACUUGGUUUUGGGUUAUUGUCUGAGAAAUCUAUCGGUUGACUAUUUGAUACCAGCAAAUGCUGUUUAUAUACUUAACAGGACUUGUUAAAUUUCCUUCUAAUAGCAGAUCAAAAAUACAAAAUAACACAUUGACAUCAUGAUGUUUUACUUAACCUUGAAAGGAGAAUAUUGUAUAGGCUUUAAAUCAGGUUGAAAGAAACAAAUCCAAAGAUAACCAAAACUGAGUCUUGGUCUUGCCUUAUUGAGCUUGAGCUAUAUAUUGUUUUAGUUUUGUUUGUUGAGAAGGAUAGUUACAGAUGAAAUGUAAAGUUUACUGGAAUAUCACCACUGUGCCUGAAUUAUCUACAAACAAAU